GAGAGAGAGAGAGAGAGAGAAGUCUGCAGGGUAGUCUUGGCGAGCAAAUUAAUGAAAAAUGGCAAUUGGAAGCUGUUAUUUGUUAAGGCUCCUCUUAGUUCUUGGCAUAACGAUUAGUUAUAGUAAUGGUGUAUCAGCCACUACAGCAAACUACGACACUGCUUUACUUAAUCGGAGCAGUUUUCCGGCAGGUUUCCUGUUUGGGACAGCAUCAUCAUCUUACCAGUAUGAAGGUGGAGCAAAUGAAGGUGGCAAAGGACCAAGCAUAUGGGACACUUACACUCACAGAUAUCCAGGUAAAAUAAAGGAUGGUAGCAAUGGGGAUGUAGCCAUUGAUUCAUAUCAUCGUUACAAGGAAGAUGUUGGGAUCAUGAAAGAGAUGGGUGUAGAUGCUUAUAGAUUUUCAAUCUCAUGGUCUAGAUUAUUGCCAAAAGGGAAGCUAAAGGGGGGCUUAAACACUGAAGGAAUCAAAUACUACAACAACCUCAUCAAUGAGCUAGUGGCCAAAGGCAUUCAACCCUUUGUAACUCUCUUCCACUGGGAUCUUCCCCAAGCUUUGGAAGACGAAUAUGGUGGUUUUCUUAGUUCUAAAAUUGUGGAUGACUUUGGAGACUAUGCGGAGAUAUGUUACAAAAAUUUUGGAGAUAGAGUGAAGCAUUGGAUUACAUUAAAUGAACCAUGGAGUUAUAGCAUUGGAGGUUAUGCUAUCGGUGGUUUGGCACCGGGUAGAUGUUCAAGUUGGCAACAUCUAAAUUGUACAGGAGGAGAUUCUGCAACUGAGCCAUAUAUAGUAGGCCAUAAUCAGCUUCUUGCUCAUGCUGCUGCUGCUAAAUUGUACAAAAUGAAAUAUCAGACAAGUCAAAAAGGAAUGAUAGGAAUUACACUAGUGUCGCAUUGGUUUGUGCCUUUUUCAAAUGCCAAGAAUGACCAACAUGCUGCAAAACGAGCCCUUGAUUUUAUGUUUGGAUGGUUUAUGGACCCACUCAUAAAUGGUGACUAUCCACACACGUUAAGAUCUCUGGUUGGGAAUCGAUUGCCCAAAUUUUCGGAGGAGCAAUCAAAAAUGGUGAAAGGGUCAAUUGAUUUUCUUGGAUUGAAUUAUUAUACUGCUAAUUAUGCAGCCUAUGUCCCUCAUUCUAAUGCUAUUCAAGCUAGCUAUUUGAGUGAUUCUCGUGCUAAUCUUUCCGCCGAACGUAAUGGAAUUCCUAUUGGUCCUAAGGCAGCUUCGGACUGGCUCCACGUCUAUCCAAGAGGAAUUCAAGAUAUUUUACUCUACAUAAAAAGGAAAUAUAACAAUCCACUUAUUUAUAUAACUGAAAAUGGCAUCGAUGAGUUGAAUAAUGAAACGUUAACGCUAGAGGAAGCACUCAUCGACAAUAUGAGGAUCGAUUAUUAUUAUUACCAUCUUUCUUUCCUUGAAAAAGCAAUCAAGGAUGGUGUGAAUGUGAAGGGAUACUUUGCUUGGUCACUCUUAGAUAACUUUGAAUGGACUUCAGGCUAUACUGUGCGUUUUGGCAUCAAUUAUGUUGAUUAUAAAAAUGGAUUGAAAAGGCAUCCCAAACUUUCAGCUGGGUGGUUCAACAAAUUCCUCAACAAAUAAAUGCGUGUUACCAUGAUCAUGGUUAUAGAGGAACAUCUCUCUCUAUAUAUAAAAUAAUUAUCCCUAUUAUUGUAUUUCAUUACAUAAAUGUUAUAUUUCUAGAAACUGCAUAUUA